CCGAACUACUACAAAGUAAACCGCUAACAUGGCUACAAGUCGUGGAGAACGUGAACUGCAGCAGAAAAGUAAGAAAGCGCUCCGGAGUGCCACUGAUCCCGUAGAAAGAUUAAGACUACAGUGUCUUAGCAGAGGAGCAUCUGGAAUCAAAGGGCUUGGCCGAGCAUUCAAAAUAAUGGAUGAUGAUGGAAACAGAUCAAUAGAUUUUAAAGAAUUCAGUAAAGGGAUCCACGAUUAUGGAGUUGUGAUGGACAAGGAUGAAAUAAAAACAUGUUUCAGUAACCUUGAUAAAGAUGGUUCUGGUGCAUUAGAUUUUGAUGAAUUCUUACUGGCAUUGAGGCCGCCAAUGUCAAACGCACGAAAAGGAUUGAUUACAAAGGCAUUUCAUAAGUUGGACAAAACUGGAGAUGGUGUCAUCACUAUUGAAGAUCUUAAAGGUGUUUACAACUGUUCAAAGCACCCCAAAUAUAUAAAUGGAGAGAUGACAGAAGACCAAAUUCUAGGCAUAUUUUUGAAAUCGUUUGACACCCCAAAUGACCCAGAUGGAACGAUCACGGAAGAAGAAUUUCUGAAUUACUACUGUGGAGUCAGUGCAUCUGUAGACAACGAUGCUUAUUUUGCUCUGAUGAUGAAAAAUUCAUGGGGUGUAACAAAGGAAGAAUUCGAUAAUUACUAUGCUGGAGUAAGUGCGUCUAUAGAUAAUGACGCUUAUUUCAAUCUGAUGAUGCAAAAUGCGUGGAAAAUUUAA